AUAAAACCCCAAAACUCUCUCUCUCUCACUCAUCUUCAACACAGUCACAGCAACUUUCUCUCUCUAUAUCUCAACAAUGGAGAGAGCCGUUUUUCUUCGUUCUCUUUCCACUACAACCACACUCUCUUGUUCUCGAUUCUUUUCUCGCUCUUCUCACCGACUUGCUUCCCUCUCUUCCAAACGGCACCGUUUACUGUCCAACCUCCAAAGACGCUCUCUUUUUCGCAACCAUGUGAGACUCAUCUCCACCGCAUCGCCGCCUUCAAUCUACCUGAAAGGACACUUCUGCGCUCUAUCCACUCGAGCUAUUGCCACCUCUUCGCCACAAUCCUCUCCCGAUGUUCUUGGGGCUCAUGAUGAUGUUGCUGAGAAGUUUGGGUUCGACAAAGUUUCGGAGCAGUUCAUUGAGGAGUGUAAAUCGAGAGCUGUUUUGUAUAAGCAUAAAAAGACCGGUGCCGAAGUCAUGUCGGUAUCGAAUGAGGACGAAAACAAAGUCUUUGGCAUUGUUCUUCGAACUCCUCCGAAAGAUUCCACUGGAAUUCCUCACAUAUUGGAACACAGCGUUUUGUGUGGUUCGAGAAAGUAUCCACUGAAAGAACCAUUUGUUGAACUAUUGAAAGGGAGCUUGCACACCUUUUUAAAUGCAUUCACAUAUCCUGAUAGGACUUGCUAUCCUGUUGCUUCCACAAAUAUGAAGGAUUUCUAUAACUUGGUCGAUGUGUACUUGGAUGCCGUCUUCUUCCCUAAAUGCGUGGAGGACUUCCAGACUUUUCAACAAGAGGGGUGGCAUUAUGAACUGAAUGACCCUUCAGAGGAUAUAACUUAUAAAGGAGUUGGAAAACUGUAUGGCAUCCUUGAUGCUGAAUGCAAUUUGAGUAUGCAAAUGAAUAUGGGAUACACUGCUACUAAAAUGGCUCUUUUUCCAGACAAUACUUAUGGUGUUGAUAGUGGAGGUGAUCCACAAGUUAUUCCCAAGCUCACUUUUGAGGAAUUCAAGCGUCUUUAUUUAUCUAGAAGCUUUGAGACACUGGGUGAUAGGGUUUAG